AUGCUGACCGUUUGUCUUCAUGUUUUUAGCUGUCUCGCACUUUCUGAGCCCACCAUUUCCCAACCGACAACUUUUUUUCCCGAACACAUCAAAUUCAACAUGGGCAAGCACACCAACAACAAGAAUAAGAAGCCCCGGGCCGUUUCGGCCCCGUACUCUAACCGCGGCAACCAACGCCAAGUUUCUGGUGCCCCUUCGGGGCAGCUGCAGCAGCAGCAGCAGCAAGAAGCCGCUCCGGCGGCCAAUCCUCCUCGCCCUCUGAAGGGCACUCUUGCUGAAGCUGAGGCCAAUGUCGCUCAUUGGAACUCAAAGGUCCUCCAUCUCAUGGACAAGAAGACUGCUCUUGAGCAGGAGAUUGAGGAGUGGACCGCUGCUGUCCAACAGCGGUCGGUGGCCCCAAGUGGCCAAUCCAUCAUUGAUGCCGAGAUCAAGAAGCGCCUGGCCAAGGCCAAGGAGGAUGAGAAGGACAAGGAGUAA